ACAGUACCUAAUUCGCAGUGCAGAAAUGCAGGGAUCACGUUAUGUUCCGAGCAUGUAUCAGGGUGAAUUUUACACUGCCGCCGCAAAAUAUUGGGAUCGUAUCCCACCUACGUUGGACGGAAUGUUGGGAGGGUUUGGAUUUAUCUCACAGACUGAUAUAAAAGGCUCUACGCUCUUCCUAAAAUCUCUUUUCCAGUUGGAAAAUCCACCUUCCAGGACAUUUGCUCUAGACUGUGGUGCUGGUAUCGGUAGAAUUACAAAGAAUUUAUUACUAAAAUUUUUUAAACAUAUAGACCUUGUUGAACAAAACUCGAAGUUUCUAGAAGAAGCCAAGAUUUCUCUGGAAAACUGUUCCUCGAAAAUCGGUCAAUAUUAUCCUAUUGGAUUACAAAACUUCUGUCCUAUGGUAAACAAGUAUGAUCUUAUAUGGUGUCAAUGGGUACUAGGACAUUUAAAAGAUGACGAUUUAAUAGAAUUUUUCAGAAAGUGCUCAUUAGGCCUGAAAGCCAAUGGUGUGCUUGUGGUAAAAGAAAAUAUCACAACCUCGAAUAAUAUGGAAAUUGAUAAGGAAGACUCUUCCGUGACGAGGCCAAUGAAAAGUUUACGAGCUUUAUUUGAAAGAGCUGAUCUUAUUUGUAUUAAGGAACAACAGCAGACUAAAUUCCCACCUGGCUUAUAUCCAGUUUAUAUGUUUGCUCUUAGACCAAGAAAUCAAUGAAUCAGUCUAUAAUGUGCAAUUUACAAAUCAAAUUUCCGAUUAUUGUAUACCUUUAGUUAGAUUUCAAUAUUAAUUUAUUUAUUUUCAUUUUCUUCUAAAUUAUCUUAUUUUAGAUGCAACAUUUAAAAACUUUGAAAAGAAAACGUUACAUCUUACGAGUAGAAAAAAAA